AUGGAGAUUACCUCUUAUGAGUCGCCAAGUACCCUUUGCAGCCAAUGUAACCACCAGUUCCAACACACCAUCUACGAUCCAAACCCCGUGAACACAGCUCUGCGAAGCAACUACUCUCCUGAGCUCCUGGAAAGCAAGCUGAUUGUUGAAACAAUGUCGACUAUAGACAAUCAUUUGGCGCGUUACACGUCUGAGGCUGCCCGAGUUCGAGCCAUGCUUGAGGCGCUUCUCACACGCAGAGAAGAGCUAAUAAGAUUCAAGGCAUGUUGCAGUAGUGUUCUAGCUCCCAUUCGCAAGCUACCGCCAGAAAUUUUGCAGGCAAUAUUCCUUGCUUGCCUUGACCACAAACCAAACGUCAUCCCAAUCACCGGCCAGAUAUGUCAACACUGGAGAAAGAUCACCAUUUCGACUCCCGAGUUGUGGUCGAAUAUAUCGGUGGGGAGAACGCGGUUUAUGGCCCAUGAAAAGUAUCAAGACCUUGCUGCCCUCUUUCUCGAACGGUCGUCUAACCUACCACUGUCAAUCUCGCUUCGGCAACCGGUUUCUGACGCCCUCAUCUCAACACUCGUUGAACAUACACAACGUUGGAGGAAACUCAACCUGAUUUCCACGAAAUACACUUUUUAUUUGUCCAUUGCGCUUAGCACACUUGUGUUUCCGCUGCUCGAAACACUGGAAAUCGGAGAGGAAAUCACACCAGUGGCGGGCAUUCCAGUGAAGCCUAUACCCCUGCCAGUGGGACACGUUCCCAGACUGCGACGGGUCAUUUUGAAGGAUAAAAUGGCCCAUUGGGAGCUCCCGUGGAGCCAGAUCACAGACAUUCAAUAUGACACUGCGGUCGCACCCGAUGGCUUGUUGUUGUUACAAAAAUGCCCUAAUCUCAAGUAUUGCGCCAUGGAACAACUCCGGUUCGCUGGAUCCUUCGAUUCCACCGAAUCCUCCGCCAUUCCCCUUCGUCAUCUUGAGUCGCUCCGUUUGGGAAUCAACUACUCUUCCAACACCGUUGUCAGGAACCCCCAAACUGUCACGCGGUCUUUCUUCCAGCGUCUCGUCGUCCCCCAGCUCAAAUCGCUCCAGCUUAUCGGGCAAUGGUCACCCGAAGACUUCACCGACUUCCUCUCACGCAACGAACUCAACCAGCAACUCACUCACCUCUCGCUUGGCACCGGAUAUAUGAAGGACGACAACAUUAUCCAGAUCCUCGAAGCGCUUCCUCUCGUCCAGAAUCUGGUCCUUGACGCUGACAUCGGAACCACUCGGCAGCUCCAAAAUCGUGUAAUAACAGACAAGCUUCUCAGACGCUUCAUUCUUUAUCCUGAUUCAGACUGCGUGUUACCUGCUCUCGAGCAUUUGACGCUGCGAACUUCCCUGAACUUUGACGAAGGCAUUCUUCUGGACAUCAUUACAUCAAGAUGGCAAGGGUGGGCCACAGAAUUGUAUGGUAUCGCAGUAACGCGCAUAGCGUCCAUAACUUUCGACUUCUGUGGCCGUAGGGAGACGUUGGAGCAAGAUACAAUCCAAGACUUGCGUGAUUUUCGUAAGGAUGGCUUGCUUAUUACCUUACGACAGGGAAAUGAACAAAUCAAGCUGUAG